GGUGGGAAUUAGCUCUAAGUCCUCUACUGCUCCUCCGAAUGACACUGAACCAGGAGAUGAAGAGGCUACUCGUUACUGGAGGGAGAAUGAGAAGUGACUGGAUGAGACCCAGUUAGUUCUGACCUUCGAACUCCAUCAAGUCCUGCGAGUGAAAUGGUUCCGGUCCAUACAGGAUAUUAUUCCCAGCAUAACUACCUGUUUACUUGCUAUCAUUUUUGUUGCUUUUAAUUCCGUGUGUGCUUGCAGCAUUGCAGCAAUUGUAGGUUACAUUCUAUGUUCUGUCAAUUCCCCCCAGCGUCACAGAAAAACAGUGCAGUUAUCUUUGGUCUCUUAUUGCAUCAUGUGUCAAUGCAUGUGGGGGCAAGAGGGGUAUAGCUAAUUAUAGGUAUAUACAAUGGAAUAUCAAGUGCUCAAUGCAUGUGCUUAGCUACAUAUCUGCUCACGAAGAGCAGGUCAAAGUUUCUUGAGCAGUCACCUUUUUCGUACGCAGGGAUUCCUUCGCAAUGUUAGUUCGAUGGCCCUGUAUUAACUUGCCUGUACAGAUAUAAAGCUAGGGUCAUUUUCUGGCAAUUCAUGGUCACGUGUCUGAUGGCCUAACUGUGAUGUUUGAGAUUGAUGUUAUUAAGCAUUACGUAAUAGGCUAAAUACAUCAUUGUACUGACACAAUCACAGUUUGAGAUGUAAGGAAGAGCAGUUUUUAUUGCGUAGUCACACUGAGAUGAAUGCAUCAGUAUCUGUCACGAUUUGUUUUAUCCUGCUAAUAGCCAAGUAUGCAGCAGCUAGAGCCGUCUGCACUGAUGGGGACGUUAGGCUAGAAGAUAAAGAGAGUGAUUAUGUAGGGAGAGUUGGGCUCUGUUACAAAGGAGUCUGGGGCACAGUUUUUGAUAGAGAAAUCAAUGAUAAUGCUGCUAUUAUUGUAUGCAGACAACUUGGAUUGCCAAACCAUGAUCCUAAAGUUGUGCUGCAGUAUGCUGGAGCUAAGGGUCGAGUUCACUUCAUUCAAAUAAGCUGCACGGGAAACGAAGCAAAUUUGCUAGAGUGUAGAAAUGAGGAGUCUGGAUAUAGUGGUCCUGGUAGCUGGUUUGGACGGGACUUUGGUGUGAGUUGUGCUCCACCUUGCACUGAUGGUGAGGUGCGGCUACUGAGGGACAGAGUUCAGACUUGCCAAGACCAACGCUGGGGCUAUGUCUGUUAUGAUAGGGGCUGGACUCGUCAGGAUGCGCAAGUAGUGUGCAGAGAGCUUGGGUUCUCAUCAAAAGAUGCAUUAGUGGAUUACCACAUUUUUGUGUUUGGUCAACAUACAUUCCCCUACUUUGUGAAUAAAACUAACUGCAAUGGGUCAGAGGGACAUCUUCUGGACUGCCCAGAUGUUAAUGAAACUCUUUUGUGUGGAUCUAGAACUGCAGCCAAGGCAUAUUGUUCAGGGACCCAAGAGUGUAAUGGAACGCAGACAGUUCGUCUUCAGAAGAUUGUUAAGGGUUUGGAAAAUUAUGGAAGGCUGGAAGUUUGUUAUGAAGGAUACUGGGGAAGUGUAUGUGAUGAUUCCCUUCAUCAUUCCGAAGUAUUGCCGUCUGCAUUAGUAGCUUGCAAAGAACUGGGAUAUUCAAAAGUCAUGAAAGCGGAGUUUACCCCCAUUGGGAGAACUGUCUACAGCCUCCCAAGUAUUCCUAUUGUGGUAGAUGAUAUACGAUGUGCUGGUGACGAAACGUCUCUCCUCGAUUGCCAGAAAAGUAUCAAACUGCAUAACUGCAUAAGUUGGGAGGAUGUAGUGUUGCAUUGCAGAGAAAGAGAGUGCAAUGAUACUGAUAUACGCCUGGUUGGUGGACGGACGUCAUUGGAUGGGGAAGUUGAAGUUUGUCAUAAUCAUCUCUGGAUGCCAGUUUGUAGCGAGUCAUGGGACAAGAGAGAAGCAGAAGUAGUUUGCGCACAACUAGGACACAAAAGAAGAUCUUAUGCCUUGAAAGAAUAUGAACUUCCUGAUCCAACGGAAGGUGUAAAUAUAUUACCGUGCUAUGGAAAUGAGACAUUGUUGACAAACUGCAAUUAUGACAUAACAGAGUGUACAUCGAGAGCAGCAGUCGUGUGUACUGAUACUACAUGUGAGGAAGAUGGUGUGAGGUUGGUAGGUGGUCACAGUGUGAAGGAAGGGAGAUUUCAAAUGUGCCAUGAGGGAGAGUGGCACUCAGUCUGUGCUGACUCCUGGAGUGAGAGUGGAGCUGAGGCCAGGACUGUCUGUGCUACACUGGGAUACAUAGGAGACUCAGUCACAGCUGAUUUUGGAAGAGAUCACACACCAUUACUUCCAAUGGAUAUCCAGUGCAAUGGAGUAAAAGAUGAACUUAACUUGUGCAUUUUUACAAAUCGAAGCAGUUCCUUUGAGUGCAAGAAAGUGGCUAGUGUCAUCUGUGAUGCUCGCUGCACAUUGGAAGACAUCUCCUUUUGUACUGACUGUAGUGGUCCGUCUUCAAUCUGUUCUAUUUAUGACAACUGCUUUUGCUCAUCUGAUUGUUUUAUUUCCGGGAAAUGCUGUCCGGAUGUGGAAAGCUAUUUGCAAUGCUUAAAUGUAGAUGACUGUCAGACAGAGGAGGUACGUCUGGUCGGAGGGGUGACAGGAUCCUCGAGUGGAGUGGUGGAAGUGUGCGUGAAUGGAGUGUGGGGCACUGUCUGUGACUACAACAAUGAGUGGACUAAUGAGAAUGCAGCAGUAGUUUGCCGCCAACUGAAUUUACCAAUAUCCAAUGUUUCGGCAUUGCCAUUUUCUGUGUUUGGAUCUGCUUCAAGUGGUCCAGUUCUCUUUGACAGUGUUCACUGCAUGGGAACUGAAGGCAAUCUCCUGGACUGUCCUCAUUCGAGUGUCGGUAACCAUUUCUGCCACCAAGAAUUUCCUUCAACUGUAGCUGUCCCGGUGCACAGCGGACUGUGAGGAAGGAGAGGUGAGACUACGGGACGGUAUACAUGAGUCCAAUGGUCGUGUGGAGACUUGCCAGAACGGGAUAUGGGGCUCUGUUUGCAGUGAUAACAUGUGGGAUGUCCACGAUGCUGGUGUGGUUUGCAGACAACUUAACUUCACAUCAGAUGAUGUUCGAGUAACUGAAAUGUUUGGGAGAGAGGGUCCAGUGCUAAUGAGUAAUGUUGGUUGUAAUGGAUCAGAGACUGGACUCCACCUCUGUCCUAGUAACAGGUUUGGCAGCCAGCCCUGCGAAAAUGGAACUGCAGGGAUAAUAUGCAACACAAAUUUUGAUACUCACAACAGGUGUAAUGAUGAAAAUGGCACCCCACCUGAAAAUUGGAACACUCUGAGUAAGACUGAAAGGUUUGGUUAUUGUGAGCCGUAUGCUGGCACUGCAAACUCUGUAAUAAGAUAUUCAGAGAAAGUAUGACUAUGAUUUAUUGUGGCUGUCACGGGAGUCAGAAAAACAUAUCCUCAAUUAUUGACAGUUAUGAAAUCCACCUUAUCUUGAAAGCAAUCCUUGGAAGAUGGUGAUGAAUGUACGAAAACAUUCUGAGAGUGAUUUGUAAUAUUAAUUGAUGCAUGUGGGACAGAAGUCGGUAAAAAUACCACCAUAUUCUGUAUGUCUGAAGAGUGUCAACUGUUGAGAGAGACUGUCCAUAGUUUGGAGAACUGCCAGAGCACGCACUAGAGAAUUACAAUUCAUCAGCUGUGAUAAAACGUCUAGCUUUAUCUUCCUCUUCCAAGUGUGGUACAGCAUGGGCCAUAAAUGGUCAAAUGAACCCGACACAAAAACAUCUCGUGUGAACGUGAUUGGUGUUGGUGGAGGACGUGUAGUGAGUUUCUUCUGUCUUAUAAUCUCUCCGUGGCAAUGCUACUACUUUAUGUCUACGUUAAGAGGAGAAUAAAACAUAAGAGGAUACAAACAGUUCAAAGGGAUAUACUCCGAAUGGUGAACUAGCAGUCAAAACAUGACGAAGAGCCACCUGUCACUGCUCACUUUAAACACCACACCAGGCUUAACCCUAUCUGCGAAAGAACAGCCUCUCACUGGACAGUGUUUGCUCAAAGUGGAGCAUCCUGAGAGCCGUGGUCGCCUUAACUCACGCUAUGUACGCGAGGCUGACACGUGGAAAGUUCUCAUUAGAAGCCAAGAGUGUCACAGCUAGAUGAUAGGGAAGGAGAAUUUGGGGUUGUGUAUAAAGCUAUACUGGGUCCUAAGGGAACAUUUAGUCGUGAGGUGGCUGUUAAGACGCUAAAAGGUUGUUUUGACCAACAAGAGGUGGAUAAGUUUGUUGAGGAGAGCCUGAAGAUGAGCCGGUUCAAGCAUGCUCAUGUGAUGGGACUCAUGGCGAUCCAGGAUGUUCAAAAGCGUCUGAUGGUGAUGUGCAACCAAUAGCUAGUGGUAUGAGUAUCUGGCUGCUGAAAAUAUGUUCACAGGGAUUUGGCAGCAAGGAACUGCAUG